AUGUCUUCACCUGACUAUGUAAAGACUACCAACGAGCUUUGGUACCACGUUCAAACAAACGAAGAGUCUCCAAAGGCCAAAGUAGAGAUCCUCAAGAAGACUGAAGAGCUUCUCGCUAAUCCAAAAUUCAAUGAAAACUCAUUCCUCGUUGCAAAGGUAAAACUUAUCGAGUACAAGGCUGGAAAGAACCAUGACAUCAAGAAACUCAUCGAAGACUUCCAUGCUGCCGCUCGCCUUGACAUGACAAACACAGAUAUCUACAUCUGCGAGGCAGAAGCUAAUCUUCACGACGGAAACCCAGCUGCUGCUCUCGAGUGCCUUGAAGGAAACACAGCAAUCGAUCCAAAUCCAGAAAUCUAUAGCCUUAUUUCCUUAUCUUACCGUCGCUUACAGCCACAGAAUCAUGAGAAGUCUCUUGAAUACGCUAACAAGGCUGUCAAACUCGAUAUGAAGUCAGGAAAGUCCUGGGAAAAUCUUGCACUCGCUUAUCUUGGAAUUGGUGGCAGAGAAAACAUUAUUCAAGCCCACAAAGCUAUUAAGAUGGCUAUUAUGAAUGGAUUAGAUAAGAAUGCCGAUACAUUAAUGAAUCAGGGUACAAUCAACGAGUUAUUAGCUAAUUACAACGAAGCAAUGAAGAAUUACGAACAAGCAAUGGUCAUUGUUGAAGGAUGGGCACUUCCAGCCGCUAGUCUUGCCCGUCUUCAGGAAGAAAUUUCCCGCUCAUUUUCCGGAUACGAUGCAACACUUGCAAACAAGAAGCUUUUUAAGAGGUUGGAAGGCAGUAUAAAGUCUAACGAUGAAUACUUAGUUGUCCAGAUCACAGGAGGAAAGACAGAUCCAUGCCCACUUGCAAUUUGCUACACAAUCACAGGCGAAGUACGUUUGAUUGCUGUCACACAGACAAUUCGUGCUUAUCUCAUGUGUGAGAAGACAGUUCUCACAAUUAAGAAUCCAAAGUGGGUCAAUCUUACAUACAAAGACAGAACUCUUCCAUAUCACAUUGUUGAGAACAUCCAUGACAUAGGAAUUGAACAUGGAUCUACACCAAAACAAGUUAAGCCUGUCAGCAUUAACAGCUCACUUGCUUAA